GGGGGGGGGGCGUGUCCUGCUCAAUCUCAGUUUAGAAAUCCUGCUGUGUGUCAUUCUUAAAGCCACUACAGAGGACGCGGGGACAGGAGGAACUAGUGCUGUGAGUGUGAACUGUAUGACUGGAUACAUUUUCUUUGAAGAGCCUCACCACACAACAGCUUCAGUGAUGAAGACAUCAUCAGCGCUGCUUUCUGCGGCUGUUUUCACGCUGCUGCUCAGCCCGUUGUGGAGUACAGAUGCCGCCACCUACCAGGGCGCUUUCCCCCACCCAAACAAAUACAACCCAAACGAAUCGGACGGGUGCCAAACACCCGCCAUCAGUGGACUCGUUUCUCACGUGCCGGGGCCUGUCACCUCCACCGACGAGGUUCUGGAGUCCAGUCAGGAGGCGCUGCACGUAACGGAGCGUCGGUACCUGCGGCUGGACUGGUGCAAGACGCAGCCGCUGAAGCAGACCAUCCAGGAGGAGGGCUGCCUGAGCCGCACCAUCAUCAACCGCUUCUGCUACGGCCAGUGUAACUCCUUCUACAUCCCGAGGCAUAACUACCAGGACGGGGACGCCUUUCAGUCCUGCUCUGCCUGCAAACCAAAAACCUUCAGCACCGUCACCUACACGCUCUAUUGCCCGGGUCAGACGCCCAGCACCCGGAAGAAACGGGUUCAACGCGUAAAGCAGUGUCGCUGCACGACGAUAGAUACGGAUUAGACAACAUACUGUAUCUCUACACCCAGAUCGAUAAAACCGUGUUUCCACUGAGGGGAUGUGUGCAGCUUUGUGAUCAAGUAAAACGCAGUUUAUUUUUCUAACGGGACACUUGAAAAUAACGCGUGAACAGGACGGUGAGGAAAUUCCCUGAUUCAAUGUAUCACUUAUUUUGCUGAUGGACAACAAACAAGUUAAUUCAAUGCAGGUUCCCUUUAAAAAUAAAGAUUUUCCUGCAAAUACUCUAAUACUAAUAAAAAUAGUCAAAAUAUCGAGAUAAAUACCCGUUAUUAAGUUUGUUGCUGGAAGAUUUUACAUGCAGGAUGGACUUUAACAAAAUUUGUGCUUCAGUGUUGAGUGUCAAUGAAAGCUUUGGGAGUUUGGUUUGUAACACUUCAUAAUCUCACAUUUGUUGCAGAAUAACAGAAGUGCAGCAAAAUGUGUUAGAUUUCUGAUGUUUGUAUUGUUUCCACUGUGUGGGAUGUAAAGCUGAAGGCUGUUCCAACAUGGAGAUGUUAGUAAUGUAACCUGCACUGCUACACGCCUCGUCAUUUUAAUGGCUUUGUAUAAUAUGUGUGUUCUUAAGUAUCGUGUAAAUAAAACAGUGCCAAAGCUAUGAAAUCACAUUCACACAUGUUU